CGGAAAAACUGCGUAAGCGCUCUGACGUCAGCAGGUAAUCAUGGAGGAAUAUGCGCGUGAACCCUGUCCAUGGAGGAUAGUUGAUGACUGUGGCGGUGCGUUUACCAUGGGGGCCAUUGGAGGGGGGGUGUUCCAGUCUGUUAAAGGCUUUCGAAACGCACCUGUGGGUGUUCGACACAGGCUUAGGGGGAGCGCAAAUGCUGUGAGAGUAAGAGCUCCACAAAUCGGAGGUAGUUUUGCUGUAUGGGGUGGCCUCUUUUCCACCAUAGACUGUGGUCUGGUGCGUUUGCGGGGUAAAGAAGACCCUUGGAACUCCAUCACCAGUGGAGCCAUGACUGGAGCUAUACUGGCUGCUCGCAGUGGUCCGCUAGCCAUGGUGGGCUCUGCAAUGAUGGGGGGGAUCCUUCUUGCCCUAAUCGAGGGAUUUGGGAUACUUCUUACAAGAUACACAGCACAGCAGUUUCAGAAUCCGAGUCCUUUCGUGGAGGACCCGGGUCAGCUUCCCCCAAAAGAAGGCCAAGAGACACGCGGAUAUGGACAGUAUCAGUAAAAUCACUGUUGCAGUGGUAACUGUAAUAUUAAAGACUGUGAAAAAGAGAGGAUUGUUAGAAGUUUAGGACCCUUAUCAUAGUUUACAUUCCCCCUUUUAGACAGGGGGAUCCUCCUGAACCUCUCAUCCUCUAUUAGAUGGCCACUCAGGGGCAAGCAGUAUGCCAUUUGUAUUAUGUAUGAAUUGUAAUUUACACUUGUAUUUUGAAUUGUAUGUUGAAAUAUUGUCACCCAAAGAUUUUCAAUAAGCAUACUGAGGCAGAGCUCAAACAUUUUUUAUCGUUCAUACUGGCCUGUUUGAACAUCUCAUACUAAUACAAUAUACUGUAUAGCUAACUAGAUCAUGCAGAGACAUGAAAAAUGAUUCCUGUGAAAGUUCACUUUAAAAUAAUCCAGUUUUUGAUUUUUACAUCACUGAUGCAGUGUUAUGGAAACUUCAAUGCAAAGCUGCAGUACAUUUUAUAUAAAGUCUUUCUUAAUCUAAUACAUGACCUGAACCUGACUGUUGAUACACCAGUGAUCUGUUUUAGAUUUUGCUUUAGUUCUUUUUGAGUUAUUUUAAUUGAGAUCUUUCAGAGACUUUGGAACUUUUUCAUUCAUUCAAGAGUCUUCCAUUUCUACUGAUAAAAUGAAAUUAAUUUAUCUCUAAAACACAACGUGCAGUCAGGAGAGACACCAUUGUUAAAGAUUAUAUCUAACUUUAAUGUUCCUCUACCAAAGAAAAUUUGAGUCAUUCAUUCUCUCCAUAUUGUCAGUCUCUCCUGUUUGGUACUGAUUAUUUUCCUAUACUCCCUUUAUCACUAUCUUUGUGUAAUGUCUUGUAGUUUUUUUUUUUUUUUUUUUUGAUGGAUUAUUUAUUUUUGGAACACAAUAGAGACAAGAAGAGGAUAUGUAUGUAAAAGUAUAUAAGUAAUCUGUCUCAUUAAAGUAUUUUAUGGUUGAUGCUUAGAUGUAUAUUGUUUUAGAGAUGUUAUAAGAUGUUAAUAAUGGAGCUGGAGCCCUAU